GAUGACGUAACGCGGCCUCGCGACGUCACGCGGCCUCGCGUCGUCCCCGGCCCGCGCCAGCUCCAUGGAGGCGCAGUGCGCGAUCCCCGGCGGGAAAGGCGAGGAGGACGACGCAGAGGAGGCGCGGGAGGUUUUACUGCAGCAGGUGUUCGCAGACAUAGGGGCCAUGUAUCCAGCUGCUGCUGAAGCUGAGAGUGAGGCCCCAGGAACACCUGGUGCUGCCCACACAGGGACCCUUGCAGACACAGAACCCAGCAAGGCCAAGUGCAAUGAUCUAGGGGCCACGUAUACAGUUGGGUCUGACGCUGACAGCGAGGCCACAGAGAGUGAGGCGCAUGGAACACCUGGUACUGCCCACACAGAUUCCCCUCAAGACACAAAACCCAGUAAGAGCAAGCACAAAGAUCGAGGGGCCACAUGUCCAGCUGCUGCUGAUGCUGAGAGCGAGGCAUCAGGGAUACCUGGUGCUGCGCAUCCAGCGACCCCUCCAGACACAAUACCCAGCAAGGGCACGUGCAAUGGGGCCACUUUUGCAGCUGCUGUUGACUCUGACAGCGAGGCCUCGGGGAGCGAGGCACUAGGGACACCUGGUGCAUCCCACGCGGGGACCCCCCCUGAUACAAAACCCAGCAAGAGCACGAGCUACGGUCUAGGGGCCACGUAUACAGUUGGGUCUGACGCUGACAGCGAGGCCACAGAGAGUGAGGCGCAUGGAACACCUGGUACUGCCCACACAGAUUCCCCUCAAGACACAAAACCCAGUAAGAGCAAGCACAAAGAUCGAGGGGCCACAUGUCCAGCUGCUGCUGAUGCUGAGAGCGAGGCAUCAGGGAUACCUGGUGCUGCGCAUCCAGCGACCCCUCCAGACACAAAACCCAGCAAGGGCACGUGCAAUGGGGCCACUUUUGCAGCUGCUGUUGACUCUGACAGCGAGGCCUCGGGGAGCGAGGCACUAGGGACACCUGGUGCAUCCCACGCGGGGACCCCCCCUGAUACAAAACCCAGCAAGAGCACGAGCUACGGUCUACCGGCCACUUUUGCAGCUGCUGUUGACGCUGACAGGGACGCGUCGGGGAGCGAGGCGCUAGGGACACCUGAUCAACAGGCCAUGUUUGCACCUGUUGCUGAGAGCGAGGUCACAGGAACACAUGAUACUGCCCUCACAGGGACCCCUCCAGACACAGAACCCAUAAAAAGCACACGCAAUGGUAGGGUCAGCCGACGGAUAUUCCAUAAACAUAACCUCCUGCUAGUACCCCUUAUCUCCCGCCACCCAUACUUUGCUACCUGUGUCCCUCCACCCACACUCUAUUCUAUGUGUCCUCCCUCUCCAGCUGCUGAGGUAGCAGUUGCUGAUGUGGCCAGGAUGGCGUUUCCGCACCCCCCCUCCGCUCCUGACCCCCCCGGCGAGCGGCAUCGCAGUGGGAUGGCAGAGCGUACAUUCAUGUGUGAUGAAUGCGGGAAGGGAUUCUUCUACACAUCGCACCUGAAGACUCACAUGCGGACGCACUCUGGAGAGAGGCCAUUCGUCUGCCAGGACUGUGGGAAGGCGUUUUCCACAAACUCGAACCUGAAACACCAUCAGAAGACACACACAGGUGAAAAGCCACACGUGUGCCAGAACUGUGGGAAGGGCUUUUCCACCAAUUGUUUACUCAAGACCCACCAAAGGAAGCACACAGGCGAACGGCCCUUUAUCUGCAAGUUGUGUGGGACAGCGUUUGCGCACAAAUCGAGCCUGAAGAACCACCAGAACACGCAUACCACCGAAAAGUCUCUGACCUGUGACAAGUGCGGCAAGUCAUUUGUGAAUCGCGCUAACCUCAAUGCACACAUUAAGAGACAUGCCGCGGAGAAAGAGCAUGCUUGCGAGCAGUGUGGGAAGAAGUUUAUGAUGAUUUCCUACCUGAAAAUCCACCAGAAGACACACACACUUGACGGGAAGCAUGUGUGCGACGAGUGUGGAAAGAAGUUCAUUUAUUUGUCGUACCUCAAGACCCACCAGAGGUGGCACAGCGGGGAACGGCCAUACGUGUGCGAAGUGUGUCACAAGGGCUUUGUGCAGAGCUCAGCCCUCAAGUCCCACCACGUGAUGCACUCCAACGAGCGGCCCUAUGCCUGCUCCGAAUGCGGCAAAACAUUCGCUCAUCGCAAGCACCUGCAGGACCACGGUCGGACGCACACCGGUGAGAAGCCCUUCACCUGCCACGAGUGCGGAAAGUGCUUCUCUCUCAAGUCCAACCUUAAAGUUCACCAGAAGGGCCACAGCGGUGAGCGGGCGUACGUGUGCACGGAGUGCGCCAAGGCAUUCAUAUGCAUGUCUCAUCUGAAGGAACACCAACAAAUGCAUGCUGGACAGAGGACAUAUGUAUGUGACCAGUGUGGGAGCAGCUUUUUGAGCAACAGUCACUUGAAAAAGCAUCAGAAAAAGCAUAAAAUAUAGGCUACACUAGCCACAAAUGCAUGAAUAUAGGAUGAAUUGUAGUAAAUAUAAACAGAUCUAUAUAUUAUUUCCCACCUGAUAUAUGGUACAUAAUAUGGUACCAUGCUUGUAAUUUACAGUUCAUCUAAAGUAUACCUGAUUCAACUGGUGAAGUUUUCAUUGUAUUUUGUAUGUGUUGUAUAUAUUAGGUCUUGAAAAAUAAAAAUAAAUGAAAUGAAAAUUGAAAA